GUGAACUGCGGGCACCCAAUUACAGUCAAGAUCAACAGUAUGGCCUGAAAAGCCCUUGCAAAUAAGAGGUUUGCAGAAGCAAAAAGGAAGAGAGUGUGCUGUCGUUCUCCCUGGUCGCUGUUAAUUAUAGAGGGCCAGGAGACAAAAUGUCAUCAUACCUUUGGCCGAUAUCACUGAUUUCUGAAGAUAGAGGAACCGAUCAGUCGAUCAAAAAGGGAAGGCCAUAUAAGAUCUUUUUCAAAGAUCUCUUUCUUUUCAAAGAAAAUGAAAUAGAAGCAAGGAGGAAGGAAAAAGACCUGAACCGCGGCAGGAAAUUGCACCAAAAGUCGACGUUUUCAUCUCGAAUGAAGAGUCGUUCACACCUGAGUGAAAUGGCAUUCGCUGAUGCAGCUGCUUCCUCGUUUGAAAAGUAUGGGCUGGAUCCCACUCUUGUUGUCAGAAUAACAGAAGGUGCAGACACAAGAAGGUCUCUCCAUGAAUUUAUUAAUGACCAGAGAGACAGGUUUCUGCUCCAGUAUGCUGUGUCAAACAAAAGGAAUACAAUCACCAGGUAUGAUAAGCACAUAAUGACGAAGGAACGGCAAAUCAACAGAGCAGAAAUAAAGCUCCAAGAAGACGCCAUUGCCUUUGAAGAGUUCCUUCGAGAAAACGACCAGAGAUCCAUAAACGCCCUUAAAAUUGCAGCACAAGAAACUAUAAACAAACUCCAAAUGACGGCAGAGCUCAAGAAAGCGACCAUGGAGGUGCAGGCGGUGAAAAGUGAAAUAUCAAAAACAGAAUUCCUCCUUAGAGAGUACAUUAAAUAUGGACUUUUUCUGCUGAAACUGUCUCCAAAACAUUGGCAAAUCAGGCAAGCGCUGAGAAGGGCGAAGCUGUCCAAAAGCAGAGAACAUAUAGAGGAAAAUAUUUCCAAAAUAUUAACAAAAUUCAGGAAAAUAAACCGCACUGAGACCUGGAGGAAAUCAGAUUCAGAAGAAAAUUACCGGGGAAAAAGGAGCUCAGGUAACACAAGAGAUCUGAGACUUCACUCACAAAACCAAUCUGAAAGUUCAGAAGACAGUUUGGAAUGCUUGAUAGAUGACGAAAUGGACUUUGAAAUGGAGCCAGAGCUGUAUUUCAAAGAGCCAGAAGAGCUACUUCAGGUCCUCACGGAGCUGGAGGAACAGAACCUGACCUUGGUACAGUAUUCCCAAGAUGUAGAUGAAAACCUCGAAGAAGUGAAUAAAAGAGAAAAAUUUUUACAGGAUAAGAUAAAUUCAAACAUCGAGUUCCUUUUGGAGCAGAAGGAAAUACUUAGAGAUAACUGUGUGAGAGAAGAGGAAAAAGCAGCAGAGCUGGAGUUAAGGUCCAGGCUAUUUAGUUUUGGAGAAUUUGAUUCAGAUUCCCAGGAAAAACUGAUAGACUCUCUUAGUAAAAAAAUUAAUCAAGUAUACAAAUUCUGCAUCGGAGAUAGUGAGGUUGGCAGCCUCAACCCACUCCAAAAGCUGGUAAAAGUAGAGUCUCGCCUGGUGGAACUGAGUGAUCUCAUUGACGCCAUUCCCAAAGAAAAUGUGGAGGCAAUUGAGAGGAUAAAACUAAAAGAACGACGGCAAAAGUUUCGUGAAGAGAAAAUGAGAGAAAAACAAAAACACCAAGAAGAAAGGCUAAAAGCUGCUCUGGAAAGAGCAGUAGCACAACCAAAGAAAAAGCUGGGAAGAAGACUUGUCUGGCGUUCAAAACCGUUAUCUGAUAGCAAACAUCAACUACUUUUAGUCAAGGAUACAAGAGUAAAAUCAAUAGAGGAAGAAUAUUUUUUCACUUGAAUAGAAGCAGUAAGGCCAAAAUGUUUUAGGCAUAUUUUAAAGAUUCUGGUUUACAGUAAUGGCAAUAUUCUGCCCCAUAGGCUUGCCUAUUCAAUGUGACGAAGACAUGCCCUUGUUCCAAAGGUUAUAGGAUUGGAAAUGGGGAGUUAUUUCCUUUUGUUGAAGGCUUUUUAUUAUCCAUUGCCUAAGUAUUAUUCUAAACAUUAUACACCUAUACUUCGAUUUGUCCAAGUUGGGGAUACACAUCCAAAGUUAUUUUAUUGAUGUAACUAUAUGGUUAAUGACCAUUAAACCGCAAUAGUGGCAUCCUCUGACAUGAGACUUUGAGGUUAUGUCUCAGAACAUAAUUGUGAGACUGGUUUUUAAUUCAUAUUAAGGAGUACUGUUCAGAAACUUAAUCCUCUUAAAUGAACAAACCCAACUGCCUUCAACCUAAAUGUCAGUUCACAAUUUCUGUUGUGCUGUAUAUCCACAAUCAUUUUCAUUUUUGUUGUUUCAUUUUGGCUGUAUGUGUAUACUAUUUAAGCGUACA